CUCUGAUACCCAUGCAAAGGUUCCUCACAAAAAUGAAUUCAUUUUAUUUUUCUCAUGUACUAUGUUACUUGAACUUAUUUCAAGAAGUUUUAGCAACGUAAUUAGCAAAAUAUUAACAUUUUUUGUGCUCCCAGCCAAGAGGGGUAAGGCUUGCAACAAAGAAGUGUGCAGAGGUCUUCUCAUUCAAACUUCGAGGAGCAUAUAACAUGAUGGCCAGACUCCCAAAGGAGCUUCUGGACAAAGGAGUCAUAUGUUCAUCUGCUGGCAAUCACGCUCAAGGAGUUGCGUUAGCUACAAAGAAACUUGGUUGCACCGCUGUAAUCAUGAUGCCCGUUACUACACCUGAGAUCAAGGGCACAGUUAGAAAGGAAAUCAUGAGCCAAGCAAAAUGUGGCGUAGAUGCCAUAUUUGUGCCGGUUGGUGGGGGUGGGCUCAUUGCAGGCAUUGCUACCUAUGUUAAGAUGGUGAUUCCGGACGUGAAGAUAAUAGGAGUUGAGCCAAACAAAGUGAAUGCCAUGGCUUUGUCUCUGCAUCAUGGUCUGCUGGAUCAAAAUCAAUCGGACACCCUUCUCCGUUACAAUAGCUACCUGAAUCGGCAAUUGGAUGCAAUUCUUGACACUAGCAAGAGGGGGCAACUACCUCUGCUGCCCGUCUCUAGCAGAAUAAGAUGUUCUGAUUCGAAAUCUCCUUUUCCGUUUAGAGAGCACGACGAUGCUAUCCUAUUGGCCAUAGGCAUUUCGUCGCCUCCACCUCUUCAGAUUGACCCACAUGGAAGUUGCUGCUGGAACUCAAUCCAAGUUUCCGCCAGAAAUUCAUCAAAUACUAUAGUGGACUGUGAAUUAACUGUGGUCGACGGACAUCGGUGGUGUAGUAAAUUCCCUCGCCCAAUUGUUCAAUUACUCCAUAUUAUAUUUAAUCUACUUGAAUUCAAUUACGGAGUAUUUGAUUUAAUCUACUUGGAACUGUGCUGCUCCAACUACUGAGACGAUAACCUGUGAUGGAGCAUUAUUUAAUUUAAUCUACUUGAGAAUUAUAUUUUAUCCAAUUAUUCUUCUUAUAUUCUUGUGACUCUGAUGGAGCAUCCCAGUGGAGAAGGUGACCUUUGCUCAACCACAACUGCCGCAAGUCACCCUCUAUCUGUUGCCAAAAUGGUAAAAUUCUAAUCUUGCACUCCAUGUUGAUUCUUUGAAUUAUUUUUUAGCCAUUAAUUAGAGGUUGAAUUCACAACAUCCUAUGAUUAUUUUUCAGUUAUUUGAUGUCCAUGUCCGUUGAUUACGUUUUUUGUUUUCUUUGGAAUUGAUUAACACCAACACUUUUAAAUGUACCUAUUUGUUUUGAUUGUUUUACACAAUUAAUAGUUAUAUAUUUG